AUGCAGAAGGGAAUACGACUUAAUGAUGGCCAUGUCAGCUACCUGGGGCUUUUGGCGAAAAAGGAUGGUACAAGACGAGGGUGCUUGAGCAAAAAGAGCUCAGACAACACGAAAUGGCACACAAAGUGGUUUGCUUUGUUACAAAAUAUGCUCUUUUAUUUUGAGAACGAGUCCAGCUCCCGACCCUCUGGAUUAUACCUGUUGGAGGGAUGCAUAUGCGACAGGGCGCCUUCACCGAAACCUUCACAGUCAGCCAAGGAGUGUUUGGAAAAGCAGUACUAUUUCACCGUCAGCUUCACCCAUGAAAAUCAAAAGGCGCUCGAGUUACGCACGGAAGAUGUAAAGGAGAGCGAUGAAUGGGUGGCUGCAAUAUCACACGCCAGUUACAGAAACUUGGCCAACGAGCAUGAGACCCUCAUGCAGAAGUAUCUUCAUCUGCUUCAGAUUGUGGAGACGGAGAAAACAGUUGCUAAGCAACUUCGACAACAGAUAGAAGAUGGGGAAAUAGAGAUUGAAAGGCUUAAGUCAGAGAUCUCUGGGCUGCUCAAAGACAAUGAGAAGAUUCAGGCGAGCCCUGCAGCCGCCCCAACUGAUGACGACUCAGAAAUCAAGAAAAUCAAAAAAGUCCAGAGCUUCCUGCGAGGCUGGAUCUGCAGGAGGAAGUGGAAGACAAUUAUCCAGGAUUACAUCCGCUCACCGCAUGCAGAGAGCAUGAGGAAGAGGAACCAGGUGGUGUUCAGCAUGUUGGACUCAGAGGCCGAGUACGUCCAGCAGCUUCACAUCCUGGUGAACAACUUCCUGAGGCCGCUCCGCAUGGCAGCCAGCUCCAAGAAACCGCCCAUCACCCACGAUGAUGUCAGCAGCAUAUUCCUCAACAGUGAAACUAUCAUGUUUCUACAUCAGAUAUUUUACCAGGGUCUAAAAGCCAGAAUAGCGAGCUGGCCAACGUUAGUGCUGGCCGACCUGUUUGAUAUCCUGCUGCCCAUGCUGAACAUCUACCAGGAGUUUGUGAGGAACCACCAGUACAGCCUGCAGAUCCUGGCUCACUGCAAGCAGAACCGAGACUUUGACAAGCUGCUGAAGCAGUACGAGGCCAAGCCCGACUGUGAGGAGAGGACUCUGGAGACCUUCCUCACCUACCCCAUGUUCCAGAUUCCCCGAUACAUUCUUACACUCCACGAACUUCUGGCCCACACACCCCAUGAACAUAUAGAGAGACCAGUCUGGGACUACGCCAAAUCUAAGCUGGAGGAGCUUUCUAGAAUCAUGCAUGACGAAGUGAGUGAGACCGAGAACAUCAGGAAGAACCUGGCAAUAGAGCGCAUGAUUGUAGAGGGCUGCGAGAUUCUCCUCGACACCAGCCAGACGUUUGUAAGACAAGGGUCUCUCAUCCAGGUGCCAAUGAGCGAGAAGGGCAAGAUCACCCGUGGGCGACUGGGCUCUCUGUCCCUGAAAAAGGAGGGGGAGAGGCAGUGCUUUCUCUUCUCCAAGCAUUUAAUCAUCUGCAAUCGGGGUUCUGGGGGGAAACUUCAUCUCACCAAGAAUGGAGUAGUCUCGCUUAUUGACUGCACUCUAAUGGAGGACCCUGAGGGAACAGAUGAUGAGUCCAAAUCAGACAAGAGUGGCCAGGACAUGGAGCACCUGGACUUCAAGAUUGUCGUGGAGCCAAAGGACAGCCAGUCAUUCACAGUCAUCCUGGUGGCCUCCUCGAGGCAGGAGAAGUCUGCAUGGACCAGUGACAUCAGCCAGUGCAUAGACAACAUCCGCUGCAAUGGGCUGAUGAUGAACGCCUUCGAAGACAACUCCAAAGUCACAGUGCCACAGAUGAUCAAGUCAGAUUCAAGUCUGUACUGCGAUGACGUGGACAUCCGCUUCAGUAAGAUGAUGAACUCCUGCAAGGUGCUGCAGAUCCGCUAUGCCAGCGUUGAGCGCCUGCUGGAGAGACUGACUGACCUCCGUUUCCUCUCCAUCGACUUCCUCAACACCUUCCUGCACUCCUAUCGCGUGUUCACCACAGCUGAUGUGGUGCUAGACAAACUCAUCACCAUCUACAAGAAGCCCAUCAGUGCCAUCCCUGCUCGGUCCCUGGAGUUAUUCUUUGCCAGCAGUCAGAACAGUAAACUCUUGUAUGGAGAGCCUCCCAGCUCCCCCAGAGCCAGCAGAAAGUUCUCCUCCCCACCUCCUCUCGCUAUCGCCAAGAAUUCAUCCCCAAACCGCCGGCGCAAGCUCUCUCUCAACAUCCCCAUCAUCACUGGGGGCAAAGCUCUUGACCUGGCUGCCCUCAGCUGCUCCUCCAAUGGCUAUGCAAGCAUGUACUCAUCCAUCUCCCCAUUCAGCAAGACCACCUUGGACAUCAACAAACUGUACGUGUCCAGUCCCGUCUCGAGCAAAAUCCCUGACGAGGGAGAAGACAAGAAGGACAAGGUGGAGGAUACAUCAGUGACCAAACAAGAUCACUCUGUACGAGAAGAAAGUGACAAUGAUCCAAACCAGAGUGAUGAAGGGGAUCCAGAAGCCUCUCCCACCAAAUCACCAACGACCCCAAAAAACAUCAAAUGCAAAAACUCCUCAGAGUUCUCACUGUUUUCCUACAACAAUGGCAUGGUGAUGUCCUCAUGUCGAGAGCUGGAUAACAACCGCAGUGCCCUGUCCGCUGCCUCCGCCUUUGCUAUUGCUACAGCUGGAGCCAACGAGGGCACACCUACCAAGGAAAAAUAUCGCCGGAUGUCCCUCGCCAGUACUGGCUUCCCAACCGAUCAGAGAAAUGGAGACAAAGAGUUUGUGAUCAGACGAGCAGCGACAAACCGAGUGCUGAAUGUCCUGAGGCACUGGGUGUCCAAACACUCUCCGGACUUUGAGAGCAACAAUGAGCUGAAGACAAAAGUCAUUGCCUUCCUGGAGGAAGUGAUGCAUGACCCUGAGCUGUUGACCCAGGAGAGGAAAGCAGCAGCCAACAUCAUUAGGACUCUAACUCAGGAAGACCACGGUGACAAUCAGAUCACCCUUGAAGAUGUGACAAGACUGAUGGGUGAAGGGAAGAUAGAGCACUUUGAGAGUCAGUCUGCGUUGGAGAUCGCAGAACAGCUCACUCUGCUGGACCACCUGGUGUUUAAGGUUAUCCCAUAUGAGGAAUUCUUUGGACAAGGCUGGAUGAAGAAUGACAAGAAUGAGAAGACGCCGUACAUCAUGAGAACAACAAAGCACUUCAAUGAUAUAAGCAACCUUAUUGCUACAGAGAUCCUGCGCUGUGAUGACGUGGUCACUCGAGUGUUGGUCAUAGAAAAAUGGGUGGCUGUAGCAGACAUCUGCCGCUGUCUCCACAACUACAACGCCGUGCUCGAGAUCACCUCCUCCCUCAACCGCAGCUCUGUCUUCCGUCUCAAGAAGACCUGGCUCAAGGCUUCCAAGCAGACAAAAGCAUUGAUUGACAAGCUGCAGAAACUGGUCUCAUCAGAGGGGAGGUUCAAAAACCUGAGAGAGGCGUUGAAGAACUGUGAUCCUCCCUGUGUGCCCUAUCUGGGGAUGUACCUCACGGACCUGGCUUUCAUUGAGGAGGGAACGCCAAACUACACAGAAGACAACUUGGUCAACUUCUCAAAGAUGAGAAUGAUUUCUCACAUCAUCAGAGAAAUCAGGCAGUUUCAGCAAACGGCAUACAAGAUUGACCUGCAACCAAAGGUAGCCCAGUACCUACUGGAUAAUAGCUUUGUUCUGGAUGAAGAAAGCAUGUAUGAAGCCUCUCUCAGAAUUGAGCCUAAAGUGCCCAACUGA